AUGCUGCGUCAAAGACAUCUAAUAACCUCUCAGAUUGGUAUCUCUAUUGACGGGUCCACUAUCCUCAAUUUCACGCAAACCACGAGCUUUUUCGGCUCGUUCGGGCUGGGUGCUUUACUCCAUCACGCCGCCAUGUUCACCAAUGUCUCGUUGACUGCAUUCGGCACCGAAACGUACAGCUCACGCUUGACCAGCAAUUCUGACUUGCAGGAUUAUCUUCUACACACCAACCCCUUGCCAGUUGAGGUCGAUGGGUCCCGCAGGGAUCGGAUUGACUACGCUGGUGAUUUGGAUAUGACCACAGGCAGUGCGUUUGCAAGUAAUUAUGGCCGUGAACACAUCAAUGGCACGAUUGCCUUGUUAGGAUCCUUUCAGCUCCUGCCUGGCUUCUUCGUUCCAACCGCCAAAGUGCAACAACCACCACGUACUGCGGAUCUUUCUGCCAACAUUACAGGUCUCAUUGGAUACUCCUUCAGUAUGGUGAGCGCCAUGGCACAGUACUAUGAGCAGACCGGUGAAACGGACUUUCUCUCUAGCUGGGCCCCCAAGGCAGCGCGGAUGCUCGACUGGGCGCAUUCCCAAGUGCUCCCGAAUGGAAUCCUGAAUAUCUCCAACCAAGCAUUUGCCGGAGACUGGAACUAUUACGACCCACAACGCCUGGACGCCCUCAGGACCGCCAUCAAUCGCCACUUCUGGAGUAACACCCUACAGGCCUACUACCACUCGGACACGCACCAGGAUUUCUUCUCCCAGGAAGCAAAUGCCCUCGCCAUCCUCAGUGACACCAUUUCCGUGAACAACACAGGCAACUUUACCGCCCGCGCCUUGUUGUCCACCAUGGCCCGCGAGCUCGAUGUUCUCGCGGGACCGCUGGCCUUCUCCCCCGCCAGCGAAGCCAGCGGAUGGUUGCAAAGGAUCAGUCUCUACGCCUCGGGGUAUCACCUCCAAGCUGCAUUCCAUGCUCGGGACGGUCCCGUGGCAAAUCAUCUGCUCCAGACGCUGUGGGGCCCCAUGAGCGACCCUAAACACACCAACUAUACCGGCUGCUUUUGGGAAGUCCUCGGCGAAGAUGGUACCCCGGGACUGGGCUCUGCUACCUCCCUCUGUCAUGCUUGGAGUGCAGCUCCAACUGCUGCUCUGAGCAGAUAUGUCCUCGGGGUCGCUCCCGCUAAGCCAGGCUACGCGGAAUGGGCGAUAACACCGCAAACGCUGGAUUUGAGGUGGGCAGGAGGCCGCUAUCCAGUCCCGCAGGGAGCGUUCGAGGUGACAUGGAGCUACGACAAUCGUGAUUUUCUACACAUGGCUGUGACCCCUCCGCCUGGUACAAAGGGCACCGUGUAUCUGCCCACCCCUCUCAGACAGAAAGGUCAAGAAAUCCAUGACAACCCCGAACUUGCAUACCAGGAACACCACGCCCACGCAACCAUUUGCACCUUCCUGGAAGAGCACACUACUAUUCCUGUGACUCGAAGCGCAUACGGUCUCGCCACGGCAUUCGAGGCCGUCAGCGGAUCUGGCGGGAAAUGUAUCAACUUCAAUGCUGAGUAUGAUGCUCUUCCCGGCAUUGGACAUGCAUGCGGGCACAAUCUCAUCGCAACGGCGAGUGUGACAGGCUUUCUGGCUUUAUCGAAUGUGAUUGAGCGAUUGGGAAUACCCGGACGGACUCAGCUGCUCGGGACGCCCGCGGAAGAAGAUGGAGGCGGAAAAAUCGAUCUGUUGAAGGCCGGCGCAUACGACAAAGCCGACGUAUCGUUAAUGAUACACCCAACUUCAGAUCGACCCUAUCUUGAACACGGUAUCACGGGAGUAGCGGGCCAGACAUCCAUCUCCUGUUUCGAUCUCAUCUGCACAUACGAGGGCGUCAGCGCCCACGCCAGCGCCAACCCCUGGGACGGAGUCAACGCCCUGGACGCCAUCGUCUGCGCAUACAACAACAUCUCAAUGCUGCGGCAGCAAAUCAAGCCCGAGGAAAGAAUCCACGGAGCCAUCAUGGAAGCACCUAAGAUCACCAACGCCAUACCCGAAAAGACAGUCACCAAGUACACCGUCCGUUCGUCGUCCAUGCAAAGAACAACCACCCUUGGAGAGCGCGUGCGUGCAUGCUUGCAAGCCGGGGCUCUCGCAACAGGCUGUAAGCUUCAUAUCGAAGAAACCCCAAUUUACGCCGACCUGCGUGUCAACGAGCCUCUCUGCGAUGAAUUUGCCAAAUGCAUGGCAGAGCAGGGCGAGAAGGUCCAGCCCGUGCAUGAUGAUCCUAUACCGGGGUCUACGGACCAGGGAAAUGUCAGCUACGCUCUUCCGGGAUUGCAUGCUAACAUUGGGAUCCCGGUCUCGAGCGGUGCGUUUCCGCAUUCUCGUGAUUUUUGUACGGCUGCGGGAGAAACAGCGGCUCAUGAUGUUAUUCUCAAGGCUGCAAAGGCCAUGGCAUUGACGGGAUGGGCUCUCUUGACUGAUGGUCCAUUGUAUGGGAGGCUUGUUCUCUUCUAUCCUAUCAUAUUCGGCCCCCUCUCUCCCAGCGCAUGGUACCUUGAAGCUUCUUUCUCUCCCCCCUCCUUCUCCUCCCUCCCUCUUCCCCCCGUCCCCUUCACCCUCGACUUCCCCGCACAAUCGUCCACAAUGCCUGCGCGCACCCGUCAAGGCCCCUCCGCCGCGACGGAGGUCGCAGAGCCUGAGGAGAUCGCCGGUGGUCUCCGCCGUCUUCACUUCAAUGAACCGCUAUCGUGGCGUGCCGGUCGAGGCGCCAUUCCCAUCGCAGACCUGCUCCAGCGCCUGCAAACCCUCGCGCAGGAGCUUCGCAAGCUGGAACAAGAGGAGGUAGAGAAGGAUUCGCUGAAGAAGGUAUCGCAGGAGCUGGCCACCGCUCAGCUUCUGGGUCACAAGGAUAAGGGAGUACGAGCUUGGGCGACGUGUUGCAUUGUCGACGUGCUGCGGCUCUGUGCGCCUGACGCGCCGUUUACCGCUAAUCAACUCAAGGAUGUGUUUACCUGCAUUGUCACCUCGAUUAUUCCCGCUCUCGGGGAUCCCGCGAACCCCUAUAACUCUCAACACAUCUACGUGCUCAACUCCCUCGCGGAGGUGAAGAGUGUUGUCCUCAUGACUGAUUUGGAUCACCCCGAUUCUCUGAUCGUUCCGCUCUUUACCAGCUGCUUCGACAUCGUCUCCGGCUCCUCGAAAGCGUCGACCGGUGAGGAGAUCGCGAAGAACGUCGAGUUCGACAUGACUAGAUUGCUUGUCACGGUUAUUGACGAAUCGCCGGUACUCGCCCCCGAGGUGGUCGAUGUGAUUGUCGCGCAAUUCUUACGGGUUGAUCCCCGUGUCUUGGAGCUUCCCGCUGGCAGGAAGGGGAAGAAAACCGAUGCGCCGGUCGAUGCCAAGCAAGGGACAUUGCUUCUAAAGGAUUACCCCCCGGCCUACAACAUGUCCAAAGCGAUCUGUCAAGCGUGUCCGGAACGGAUGACCAGCCAUAUCAGCCAGUAUUUCAACAAUGUCAUUAUCGACGUCUCCGCAUCGAAAAACGGCGCAUCGAAGAAUUCGAAUCGCCGGGUCACCCUAGACGAGGAAGAAGAGGAAGAAGAAGACAUCAAGGAAUUGAACAAAGCCCAUCGUCUUAUUCGCGAGCUGUGGAAAGCCUGUCCGGAGGUAUUGCAGAACGUGGUCCCUCAGCUCGAGGCCGAGCUCUCUGCCGAGUCCGUUUCCUUGCGCCUCCUGGCAACGCAGACCAUUGGCGAUCUGACUGCGGGAAUUGGCGUUUCCGGGCCCCCUCCGGCUCCUCCGAUGGAUCCCUCCGUCUACCCUCCGGUCACGCUGGAGGAAUAUCCCCAAACAAUUCCUCAGACGAACGUCGUUUUAACGCCAUUCUCCCCCAAACCUUUCUCUCAGGCACAUGGAUCUACUUACGAGGGUUUUUUGAGUCGACGUCUAGAUCGAUCGGCCUCGGUAAGAGCUGCGUGGGCAACCGUCGUGGGCCGGAUCCUACUGACGUCAGCCGGUGGCUCUGGGCUGAGUGAUAGCGAGGAGCAAACGCUCAUCAAACACCUAGCAUCGAUGUUGCGAGAUGCCGACGAGAGAGUUCGCGUGGCGGCAGUCGACGCAGUGAGUGAUUUCGGCCUGUCUCAUGUCGUGCUAAAGCUUGGUGCGGACGGCGGAUUUUCGUCCUCGGACUCGAUACUUUUCAUCCUCGCGGAGCGUGUCAAGGAUCGCAAGCCCCAUGUGCGAGAGCGCGCAAUGCGCACCCUGGCCCGCAUGUGGGCGGUCGCCGCUGGCGAACUUGAACAUGAUAACGAGCAGGUCGUGUCUCUUCUUGGAGAUGGUCCGUCAAAGAUCCUGGACGCCUAUUACACGAAUGACCCGGACAUUCACGUGCUGAUCGACCAUGUUCUCUUCGAGAUUCUCCUCCCGCUCAGCUAUCCUCCGAUUAAGCCCAAGCUGACUCGGGGCGGGUCGAGCCAAUCGCAAAAGCAAAAGGACUCCCAGAGCACGGAAGGCGAGGGUGAAAUCGAUGUGGACAAGGUCCGCGUUCGUCGCAUUCUCACCCUGACAAGGGGGUUGGAUGACAAAGCGAAGAAGGUUUUCUUCGCUAUGCAGGCCCGACAGAUACAGAUGAGGACCGCGAUCACGCUAUACCUGCAGGCCUGUGAAGAUUAUAAUGGUGGCGUCAUUGAGAAAGAUGAGCAGCGAAUUAAAACUCAGAUUACCCGCAUUAUUGACGGUCUGUCAAAGAUCUUCCCUGACUCCUCGCGCGCGUCUGCCGACCUUUGGAAAUUUGCCAAGGCGCAUGACCGACGAAGCUACCAGCUCAUCCGCUUUGCUAUGGCCGCGGUCAGUGACUAUCGCACCGUCGUCAAGGCUAUCAGAGAACUUGUGAAGAGAAUGCAGAACGCCAACAACAACCCUGUCCUCGAAACUCUCACCCCCCUUCUGUACCGAUGCAGCUCGCUUGUGUACAAUCGAAGUCACAUUCCGGCGAUCAUCAGCCUUUCGAGGACAAAUGAGAACGGCCUGGCCGGCCCUGCACAUGAGCUGUUGCGGGAAAUCUCCUCUCGCAAUCCCGAGGUGCUCGAAGCCCAGGUCCAGGAGAUGUGCAAAGAUAUCGAAACGCAGGCACCGAAGGCCACAACCACCAAUGACACCGGUACCGAGGAGAUCCUCAAAGCUUGCGCGGGAUUCGCAAAGAAAUUGGGAUCUAAGCUCCCCAAGGAGCGCAAAUUCUUCCUGUCCCUCGUGGACCACGCCCUCCACAGCCCAUCCCCCCAAGCUGCCAAGCAUGCCGUUUCGAUCCUUAUGGCCACCGCGGACAAGAAAGAGAUGUACGCGAAGGACCUUAUCCAGAAGUGCGUUGCCAAAUGGACUUUUGGGUCGAAUAAGUUCCUCACCAAGCUGGCCACUAUGGCUCAGCUGAACCUUCUCGCCCCCAACGAAGCGGACAGCGAGAGCGAUGCCGUCAUUUCGAUCGCCGUUAACCAGAUCCUACUCACGAAUCGGACUCCCCAGCCAGAGUCGGGCUACGUUUGGUCGGAUACAGUAGACGACGAGACUGCCGCUAAGGAAUGGGCUCUGAAGAUCAUUGUCAACCGUCUACGUGCCAAGGGAGGCUCUGAUGGCGAAGAUGACUUCCGCGCCCAUGCGGAACCGGUCUUCGAUACCCUAAAUAAACUUGUGGCUAACCAGGGUGAGUUGUCGAAGAAGGAUACUCCGGGGACGCAAAAAUCCCGGUUACGCCUCCAAGCUGCCAAGUCGAUACUCAAGCUCUGUGCAUCUCACAGUCUCUGUGACCGACUUUUUGCGCCCCGCGACUUCAAUGCUAUUGCGCUGGUUGCUCAAGACCCGGUCGCGGCAGUGCGAGUUGGAUUCAUCAAUCAACUAAAGAAACAGCUGGUGCAGACUACCCACUUGAGCCACCGUUGGUAUACGAUCCCCUUCCUGCUGGCGUUCGAGCCAAACCCAAGCCUAAAGGACAGCACUCUUACUUGGCUGCGGUCACGAGCUGCGUUCUUUUCUCAGCAGGGCAGCAGUAAGAGGACCGAGCAGACUGCCAUGGAGGCGAUAUUCUCCCGUCUGCUAUCGCUUCUUGCUUACCACCCUGACUACCCACCAGCCGAUCUAGACGAUGCCACUCAGUUGGCUGAUUUGACCGACUUCGCCCGCUACAUCCUCUUCUAUCUCUCCGCGGUGGCCAACGAGCAGAACCUGUCUCUGAUCUUCCACAUCGCGCAGCGCGUCAAGCAAGCACGUGAUGGUAUUACCAAAUCGGACGAGAUGACCGUCCGACUUCACACACUUUCAGAUUUGGCACAAGCGACUAUCCGUCGAUUCGCCGAUAUCUACUCGCAACAGCGCAAGUUUGGUGGGGGCGCCGCAGGCGGUACGAACAUUCUACAGACAUAUCCCGGGAAAAUGGGUAUCCCAAGCUCCAUCUUCGCCGCAAUGGGUAGCCACAAGGAAGCGCAAGAAGUGGCCGACAAGAACUUCCUUCCGGACGACGCGGACGACCUACUCGACCGCCUUGUGCGAUCCAUGAUGCGGACGAAAGGCGGGUCCCACGGCCAGGCAGCGGCGAAGAAGAGAAAGACGGACUCGAAUGAACCAGGUGGCGAUAUUGGCUCAGCAAAGAAAGCUAAAAAGGACAAGGCCCCCCGUGCUCGGAAACCAUCUACAGCUGCAGCCUCCAAGACGCCCAAGAAAAAGAAGAAGAACGAGGAUGACUGGUCCUCCGAUGGCGAAGGUCGGAGUGGCGAUGCAACCGCCUCUGCCCGAAGACGCAGUAGCAGAGGCAACGCCUCCAGGAGAAUCAGCUACGCAGACCGGGACAGCGAUGACGAUGACGUGGAAAUGGACGAAUGGGAUCAAGACCAAGAACAGGCCGACGAGCCCGAAGACGAUGAGGCCGACGAGAAGAGCGGAGCAGAAGAAGAAAAGAACAAUGUCAUGGAUGAAUCUUCAGACUCGGACGACUUGUCCGAACCUCCGGACGAUGAAGAAGAGGCCGAAAUAGAGCCUGAAGAACCAGAAGCCAAGGAAUCUUCACCAUCGCCAGCAUCUGCCAAAAAGGCUGCUGCCGGAAAACGUAACGCGAAACCGACGACAACGUCGCUACCCACACGACGAUCCUCACGACGAGGAUAA